AUGGUGUUACUGCAUCCUUCAACCCCCAAUUCCCAGCACAAAAAAUCAAACCGCAGGCACCUGAGGCGAUCUUCGGGUAUAUACGGUAUUCUUCCUCAAUCCCCAAAAGUCCAUUAUGCAGUAGAUGCAGAAAACUUGCCGCUAGAUAGUGCAACUAACAGAGACAGAUUCGGACAACUUUCCGAUGCCAUGGAAGAAUUGGAUGUCAAUAUGACCAAUCUCCAGCAGAUCCACGAAGCCAUGUCUGGUGGAUUCAACGAGUCAUUUGCUGCUUUCCUUUAUGGACUUAAUAUCACCACCUGGUGUGUAGACUUUCCUGGAUGUCCAACCCGCGAUCAAUGGCAACGAAUACAGAAGCUUGAUGGCAUUGACAAUCGAGUGGCAUUGCUCCAGGAGCAAAUUGAAGAGUUACGCCAGGAAAACUCCCGUCUACGUGCCAAAAUAUCUGCCACUGAAAGCAAUCAUACCACAACGGUCAGCGCUGGUAGCAGCCGUAACGAAGAGACAAGAUUGCCACAACGGGGUGCAGUACGCAAGCCUGUGGGACGAAAUAAACCUAAUUUGAACCAGCCGCCUCGGUACAUGAAAGACUUGUUUGAACUGAAGAUACCCCGGAGAAAGUAG